AUGGAAAUGGGAGGUUUACGAAUGCGGCGAUUCCUGAAGACCGUCCAUAACAGAAUAACGAGGCAGGGAGGCGUUACGCGGCAAGACAAAGAGGACUGGGCAAGGCUCGCGGUCGGCUAUCGCCAGUGGAUGGCCCAGGCACAUCCGUCCGGGCUGGUGGCCCCUGCGGUCGAUGAAGCCGUGCUGCAGACAUUCAUCAGGGCGAUGACCGACCUGUCUAAGAUGCCACUUCAACCUGAAGAAGCCUCGUGA